GACAACUGCAGCCCUGUGGUCUGCCCCCACAAGAACAGAGAUCUUUGUGGUUCUCAUUCCAUCCAGCACUCAUCAGGGUAAGCACUGUGGCAGAAAUAGUUGAUACCAUCCAUAUACGUGGUUGAGAACUACCUAAGGGAUGGGGAAAUUAUAUGAAGUCAUCACAUUUAGCUACCCAAGCGGAACUCAUCGGGUCAUCUCAAGAGUAACUAUGAGGCAGUUCUCCAUGGGAGCUCCUGCAGGAACUCAUCACAUCACAACCAGCCAGCCCAGGAUCUGGGAACUGGGGAGCUUCCUACACCAAGGACUGAGGUCAGCCCUAAGAUUCUGCCAGGAUUUAGACAGUCUCAGAUCUGGUGUCACAUGGCUCAAUGAAGCUACAGAUGUCAAUCAUGGGAGAGAGCUGACAGCAGUGACAGGCAGAAUUUUCCUGUGUCUCCUUGACAUGGACCAGAGAAAACUGAGCUUUGUUAUCAUGAGCAAUGCCAUCUCCUUAUUGGAAUAUCCACAGUUGGAGGGAAUUGUUGCAGUCCUUCUGAGCAAACCCAUGCUAUUUGUCAGUUUCCCUUUUGAGGUGCCUGAGGGCAAGCCAGACCAGGCUGCAAGAAAGAUAAUGUCUUUUCGGCUUGAGGAGAAAAGCAGUUGGGCUCUCCUGGAACCUCCUCAGCUACAUUAUGCUGGAGCACUUAUUUUGGCUAAAUCUAUGGAUCAAUCACUAAGAGAAAUCCCAAGUGACCAUCUACCUGAACCCAGCUCUCAAACUAAGAAGCAAAGGAUAUCUCGAAAGUCUUUCUUUUCCAAGAUAUCAUGGAAGUUCAGGCUCCAUAACCGGGAGCCCCUGAAGAACGUAUUUUACCUUUUGGCAGAAAGGGCUCGAGAUUCCAACACCAAAAGGCGUCACAUGGCAAUUAAAGGCUUAGGAAAUAUGGCUUAUGAAGCACCUGACAAGGUGAAAAAGUAUAAGAAGAUUUUGCUAGACUCACUGGUCCAUGGACUGUAUGACCCUGUGAGUUCUGAGAUCAUAUAUGAGAGUGUGAAGGCACUGAUCAUUAUCCUGGGCAAGAUCAAGGGGAAAGGUUUGGGCUCCUUCUUCAUAGAUAUCACCCUUCAGACCAGGACUUUAUUAGAUGAUGAAAAUGACAGCUUGAGGUAUUCAGCAUUUAUCUUGUUUGGGCAACUGGCUGCCUUUGCUGGGUGGAAAUGGAAGAAAUUUUUCACCAGCCAGGUUAAAAGGACGAGGGACUCCCUCCUGGUCCACUUAAGGGAUGGAAAUCCUCACGUUGCCACGGCCUGUAGAACAGCUUUUCAUGCUUGCUCCCCUUUCCUGAGAUUGAAAAAGGAGUCCUUGGAAUAUACUAUCCAAGCCCAGGAAGAGCAAAGGAACCCCAAACUCUAUCGGCAGUUGAGCUACUACCAUCCAGAGCUCCUGCAGUUCUUCUAUGCAAACAAAAUCCUAUAAACACUUACGGCAUCUCAGAAGAGGGAUCUUAAUGAUCGGAUGUCCUGGAUUCUCAUCAUUUUACUCAUCUGAAUCCAUAUUCCAUUUACCACUACAUAUUGAGAUGAAAAAAAAAA